CACCCGGCCCUAUUGCUUGGCUCUCGCUGCACUGGAUCAAAGAUGGAGGGUGCCGACCCGCCUCUCCUUCGGUAUGCCGCUCAGCCCGACGUAGUAUUAUCUCAGGAGAGAGAUCUAUACUACGCGAACACGUUACUAGGUGAAGGUACAUCGGAGCUGGCCGAGACGCUGUUGGGAGCUCGCAGGGUGAUGAUACUCGCCCCCGAACUGAGGGCGCUUGCGUCUUGUCUAUACUUCGGCCUCACUAACCUUGCAGGCAAGCAAACUCUUGGUCAGGAGUACUGCGGUAUUGAUCUGGUUCUCUCAGGCCGGGGCGGCGGCAGGGAGUCUUCCCCUCUCCCCAGGAGGCCGUUGCAAGCGUACACGUUUCUCCGCGUGGCUGUGCCGUAUCUCCAGGAACGUAUGCGGGAGGGCUGGCACGGGCUACGAUCCCUGAGGGAUCCCUUCGGGAGCGGCGGUGCAGCCGCUUCCCUGGCAGCGGCCCGCGCCAGAGCGCGCGCUCGGGCGGCUGUGGCACCGCCGGUCGGCAUUGCCGUUUCCUCGGGGUCCGGCGAAACGGCAGCCGACAGGGCGGGGUCGUCGGAGGAAGAGGAGGAGAAUGUGGUACCGACGGAAGCAGCGAUUGACGUUUCUUCCGGCGAAAGUGGCGGCGGGGCACGAGCACCGCCGCUCGCGUCGCGAAGUGCCCGCUCGUCGCCGCCACCCGUGGUGUCGUUUUUGCGGCGGGUCCUCUCCUGGGCAAGACGAAGACGACCCGCGAUGUCGGGGGUGCUGGAGUGGGCCCUGCGGUUGCACCUGGCCGCGUUUUACUUCGACGGGCGGUUCGCGAACGUGGGCAUGAGAACCGUCGGCGCGAGGCUCGCGUACGCUCGGCCGGAACAGGAAGCGCCGCGCGCGCGCUACGCGGUGUUAGGGCUGCUCCUGCUGCUGCAGGCGGCGGCGGAGGCUGCCACGGCGAGUGCCGAGACAGCGGAGCGAUGGAGGGCCACCGCGAGAGCGGCGUUGUCGGAGAGGUUUCCGAGGAGCACGGAGACGGAAGCGGCCUGCGGAGAGGAAGGGGGCCCUAGCGACCUUGGGGAGGGAGUUGGCGAUACGGCGCUGCCGCCGCGAGUGCCGGCCGCCAAGCGAGGGAGGACCCCGGCGGACGUAGCCCUGUUUCCUCCAUCCCGCCGACGCUGCUCCCUCUGCAUGUCAAACAGGGAGAACGUUGCGGCCACCCCAUGCGGACACCUGUUCUGUUGGGAGUGCAUCGUGGGGUGGUGCCAGACGAACCCGGAGUGCCCGUUGUGUAGGCAGCCCGUUGCGCCUCAGUCGAUCGUGUGCUUGUACCAGUACGCGUGAGAGGAUGGGACGCGGGUCGGCCGCUUUGGCAGGGGCACCAAAUUGAGGCCGGUAGGCCAGCCUUUUUGUGUACAACGACGUCAACGUCGAAGAAUAGCGGGAGGAUUUCUCGUAAAUGUUUCUUUCUUUGUCUUCAUCCUGUCUAUUCGGGGCGCCAGUCUACACUUAAUACAUUGUGGUUGAAGCACUAGCCGGGGCCACCACAGGAGGGAUUAUCUGCCCUUCCAACCACUUAGCAUGCCCGAGAAAUCUGAACCUUCGGAAGACCCUUUGUCGGAACGGCAUGAACACCGCAAACCUUCAAUCACGCGAGAGACGCACGCCCUGAGACUUCCUUUUAUAUAUUUUCUUUCGGCGAAACACUAGAUAGCAAUCGUUUCCAAGGGUCACAAAGCUCGUCCAACAAGCAAGGCCAACCACCGGGGAAGCGUCUCUCUCACCCUCCUGGCUGGAGCCAACCUCCCCACUCCUCGUAUCCUAGCAACGCAAAGAUCAAAGUCUAAUCAAUUUCGUCCCCCAAGCAGGCAUGACAAUGAAUAUGACAACGUGCAUUCCGAGAAUUAACAACACACACCGACGCAAAACGCGUUUCACAAACGCCACUCUUCCUCUAGGCAAACGCCGGAACCGGCCGUGUCUACUGCAAGGUAUUUCCUCACUACGACCGGGUGCGUGUGAAAAACCACGUAGGUU